GCCCCCCCUCCCCCGACAACAUCCCGCUCGUCCCGCCGCCUCCCGGCCCCGCCGUCAUGGCCCCCAGAUAGCGGCCCGGCCUCACCGACCGCCCGCAGGAUACCUUUGAUCUGUCAUAUGUGGGAAGAACGCUAAGAGAACCAUCUAAAAAUGGGUGUUAAAACAUUCACUCAUAACUCCCCUGCUCACAGCCAGGAGAUGCUGGGGAAGCUGAACAUGCUGCGGAACGACGGCCACUUCUGUGACAUCACCAUCCGCGUCCAGGACAAGAUCUUCAGGGCACACAAGGUGGUUCUGGCAGCCUGCAGUGACUUCUUCCGCUCCAAACUCGUCGGCCAAGCAGAGGACGAGAGCAAGAGCGUGUUAGACCUGCACCACGUGACGGUGACGGGGUUCAUCCCCCUCCUGGAGUACGCGUACACGGCCACGCUGUCCAUCAACACCGAGAACAUCAUCGACGUGCUGGCCGCCGCCAGCUACAUGCAGAUGUUCAGCGUGGCCAGCACGUGCUCGGAGUUCAUGAAGUCCAGCAUUCUGUGGAAUACACCCAACAGCCAGCAGGAGAAGGUGCUGGAUGCGGGGCAGGAGAACAGUGCAAACUGCAAUUUCACCUCCCGGGACGGCAGCCUGUCGCCCGUCUCCUCCGAGUGCAGCGUGGUGGAAAGAACCAUUCCCGUUUGCCGGGAGUCUCGGAGGAAGCGCAAAAGCUACAUCGUCAUGUCUCCUGAGAGCCCCCUCAAGUGUAACACACAAACCAGCUCCCCACAAGUGCUCAACCCUUCAACUUCCUACCCAGAGGCCAGAAAUCAGCCCGUGGACUCAUCCUUAGCUUUUCCCUGGACUUUUCCUUUUGGAAUCGAUCGAAGACUUCAGUCGGAAAAGGUGAAGCAGGGGGAGAACUCGAGGACUUUGGAAAUGCCUGGGCCCUCCGAGUCCAGCAGGAGGAUGGGGGAUUAUGUGACUUGUGAGAGCACCAAAGCCAGUUCUCCCCUGGUGAUCGAGGAGGACGUGCGCGUCAAGGUGGAGCGGCUGAGUGACGAGGAGGUGCACGAGGAGGUGUCGCAGCCCGUGAGCGCGUCCCAGAGCUCCCUGAGCGACCAGCAGACGGUCCCGGGGAGCGAGCAAGUGCAGGAGGAUCUCCUCAUCAGCCCUCAGUCAUCAUCUAUAGGCUCAAUAGAUGAGGGGGUUACAGAGGGAUUGCCCACACUCCAGAGCACCUCUGGCACCAACGCUCAUGCAGACGAUGACGAUCGUCUGGAGAAUGUUCAGUAUCCCUACCAACUCUACAUUGCUCCUUCCACCAGCAGCACAGAGAGGCCCAGCCCAAACGGUCCCGACAGACCCUUUCAGUGUCCCACGUGCGGGGUGCGCUUCACCCGCAUCCAGAACCUGAAACAACACAUGCUCAUCCACUCAGGCAUUAAACCCUUUCAGUGUGACCGCUGUGGGAAAAAGUUCACCCGAGCUUACUCGCUCAAGAUGCAUCGCCUGAAGCACGAAGGUAAACGCUGUUUCCGGUGCCAGAUAUGUAGUGCCACUUUCACUUCCUUCGGGGAAUAUAAACACCACAUGCGGGUUUCCCGGCACAUUAUCCGCAAGCCUCGGAUUUACGAGUGCAAAACAUGCGGCGCCAUGUUCACCAACUCUGGAAAUUUAAUCGUUCACCUGAGGAGCUUGAACCAUGAAGCGUCAGAGCUAGCAAACUACUUCCAGAGCAGUGACUUCCUAGUACCGGACUACUUAAACCAGGAGCAAGAGGAGACCCUCGGGCAGUAUGAGCUAGGGGAGCAUGGCUUUGAGAGCAACUCUUCUGUCCAAAUGCCUGUCAUUUCACAGGUGUCGUCAACUCAGAAUUGUGAAAGCACUUUCCCCUUGGGGUCUCUGGGGGGGUUGGCAGAGAAGGAAGAAGAUGUGCCAGAGCAGCCAAAGACUAACGCCACUGCUGAGGCAGCCGCGGGUGACCCUCCGAAACAGGAGCUGUCAUCCAUUACUAUCGAAUAAUUCAUGGUUUGGUUUCAUUUUUGUUCUUUGGAAAGUGCCUGUGUUUGGUCCUGUACAUUUUAAUUUAAUUUUUUUAAACGAAAAGUGGGGAGGUUUUCCCCUUUUUACUUUGUAAGCUUCGCUUUAAACUGAAAACUGCGACAGAUGUUACAUUAUUUUUCAUGACUGAAUGAUCACUUCUGUGAAAAUAUUUAAGACUGAUUGCACAAAAAAAGAUCUUGUCAGAACAUCAUGGAAGCUGUGAUACACUUCUAAAGAAGAACAACUGAUUCAGAUCACUUUAACUAUUCCUUCUUCCACAGUUAGAGCAGCUCAUUAAGUUUCUCUUGCUUCUGCAGGCCCUCUGGUUAAGGGAAAGAAAUCAGAGGAAACCUUGUUCAAAUGAUAAACAAAAAGAUGCAUUGGAAACCACGAUUGAACAGUUUUGACUAGUUUUGAGUGGAUGCUUUAAUCUUUUGCAUAAAGAAGUGACACUUCCUAUAUGUGCCUGCUGUUUUUCAAAGCCCUUACUGUGCCCUGUGCUUGGAAAUGGUGAGCGGUUUUGAAAGGAGCAGUCACACACUUCUUCAAAACACACCAUCCCUGUCCAGCCCAGAUGAAUGCCAGGUACUCCCACUUCUUCUGUUCCAGUCCUUUUAGAAACUGCUUGAUCAAAUAGCCUAAACAGAUCUGCCCAGCUGAGGUUAGGCGUGGAAAGUCCAAAGGUGCACUCUCAAGGUUGCUUUUUCCCUGAGAUUUUUCCUUGGGGUUGCUGGCCCACAAGGUAAUAAGGGUCGUCCCAGGGUUGCUGUUCCUUGGGAGUUUCCCCUGGGUUGCUGUUCUCAGAGGUAAUAAGGUUUUCUGUCUUCUCUUUGCCCUGGGUGUUACACACUGAAGCCAGAGGCAGAGACGACAAACUGAGUCCGCCGGUAUCCAUUUCCAAGGUUGUUUAUUUUUCAUUAUCUCAGUCUUUUUACAGCUCUGCCAGGCCUCCCUGGCAGGGUACCUUAUUUUAGUUCUUUCUCAGCUCUGCAAGGCAUCUUCAGCAGAGCAGGACACGCGGCAGACUGGGCGGAUCAGAGAGCCCCGUACCUUAUGUACGGUCCCCUUGACCCAACCACUGUCUGAGACGUAUUUUUUAUUUACAAAAUUUUGCCAAUGCCUAUUACCUAUACUAACAUGUCAGUUCUACUCUAAACCAAUCUCUAAAACCCAACUCAGCACAAGAUGGGAGAUGAGAACAAGAACAAGGAAGACAGGGGCCACUCCCCAAUUCCUCCAUCUUGUCUCUUCAGCCCCAUAUGCUAAGAAUCCUAAUUUCUAUAUUUACAUUCUACAACAAACCAUCUACUACUUAUUUCAAAUUCUUAGGAUUUGUGAUUCUUUCUUCAUGUGAGCAUUCACUUCCAUAGAUAGAAGCUCGAAUCAGAGUCCUUCUGGGCUCUGUGAGAGGCUAGCUGACCCCCCUGUACAGAUCCCAGACCCCCCUGUACAGCCCCCUUAUUCUCCAGGGCUGUCAGAGGGAUCCUCUUGACUCCAACAGUGCACCAGGAAUUGGGGAUGAUGGAAAAACGUUUAGCCAUGCAAGCCUGACAAAUCUCUCCUGCCUGUGUCUGUGUGUAGAUGGGGAACCACAAAUGAAGGCUUUCCCAAACUGAAACUCUUAAACCACAGCCAGAUUAUUUGCAGUUCUGAUCAUUGCCCCCUCACAUACACACUGUAUUUUUACUAAUUUGAGAGCUAGCUAGAGGGAGUUUACAGACCAGAAAAAAUAAGCUCUUUUGUGCAUUAUUGCACAUUUUUUUGUUUAUACAUAUGUAUGUAUAGUUUCAGAGAUUUUUAUUAGCCUGUUUUGGACAAAACAAGCAAUCUAUUCUCUCUAAGGACAACUUUCUAACCAACGGGGGGUUGUUUACAAAAAGCCUAUAGAGCAGUGAUGAAUUGUUCCUGUUUCAAAACACUUUCAAUCCUUGCCAGCUCGGUUUAUUAAAGGCCAUUACUCCAGCUACACACACAGCUCAAGCAAGCAAUAAACUGAAAAUAUCUGCAAUUUCAUUUUUCCAUAUUUAGAAAAGGCUACAAACGGAGGGUGUGGGAUUUUCAGAGCAGUGAGUCUUGUUUGGUCGAGGCUGUUUGGGCUCAAGUACUGCUUUGAAACCUAAAUUAGGAAGUACAUUAGGAGAUUUGUGAUUUUUCUUACAGCUUCUGAAGUUAACUCAGUGUUUGAUGCCAAAUGCCCACGGCCCACAGAUGAUGUGCUGAGUGAGUAGGUAUUGCUUGAUCUCAGUAUUCCAAAGGCAUGAUAUACUCCCUUAUUAAUUUUGAGUCUUGUUUUUUGGAAAUUGUUGUUUUCUGGCCGGAUUUGUUUUAUGCAAACAUGAGGAGGAAAUGAAACCAAUAGAGAGAGGUUGCUCAUGAAGAAACAGAAGACACAAAAGUUGUAUUAUAUUGCACAUCAAUUUGUAUUCAGUCGGCCUAAGCAGCUCUGAUACUCUCUGGGUCUGAAUCCUUUCUACUAAUAGCCAGCUUUUGUGAGGAAAAAAGUUUAUUGACCUUUGGAAGGAGUCUAAAGGGUUUCAGUGACUUGAGCAAUUUUUCUCUUUUUAGGUAAAACCCACAUAUUUUAGUUAAAUAGAACAAAAACAGUUGGGAUUUAAGUGCUUCCCAAGUUGCUGGAAUGAGGUUUCUCCACCAGAUCCAAAGGGUGUUUUAGAAACAUGCUGCAAAGAAGUUCUGUGCUGCAAUUCAGUCUUGAUUAUAUCCACCUUUGUGAGGCUUCUUAAAAGGGCUUGAAGGAGAAAUUCUUUUUCUGGGCUGCUGUACUGUGAAAUAGCCCAGUGCCUGUUGAUGAGCUGAAUUUAGAGACCAUUUCUCCUCCACUUGUGAUUUCUCUGAGAAGCCAGUGAGACAAGACAAUGCCUUUUGAGCUUUAUUCUGAACCAGAGGGCUACGACACUGAACUCAAAUACAGCAUUUUCUCUUUUUCCUGACCUGUUAUGCAGGUAAAUGAGAGUCCUUUGUGAUUCAUGUUUUGAGAAGUGUUUCACCCAAACCACAUUUCCUGACUGCAGAGGUGUAAUAAUCAAAGGUGGUCAGGUAUGAGGUGGAGGACAUAAUCUGAUCAUUGGAAUCUGAUCAUUUUCAUCCCUGAAGUAUUUUGCUAAAGAGUUCAUUGGUGAGAAGGUACAAAUACACUGUAGGCAUAUCUGGAUAUUGGAUUUUUAAGGCUUAAAAUUUUGAGUCAGAAGGCAAAAAUUGCUUUCAGAAUACCAAAGAGAAGGGGGAAAGUUACAAAGACUUUAUAGCUCUGAUCUGUUCUUCCUUGAAAAGAAAUAAGGAUCAUUAACACCGAGGUACAAGGCAAGGCCUGGGGUUCAUUAUUCACUGCAUUGUGUGUUACACAUUAUCUUUUCAUCCUCCUUAUCUCUGGGUAACAUCUUAAUUUAGUUCUCACUUUUCAGUCUGAUAAAACUGGAGGAACAAUAGAGUUCUUGAAGGAUUUUGUUUGGUUGGUUUAGGGUUGGGUUUACUUGUUAAUUUUCCUGUCUGCAAUUGUUUCUUGUUAAUAUCUCUUUUCUCCAUAGAAAUGAAUACAGUUUAAAUGCAAACACCAUUUUAUUUCUCUUCUCCAAGUUGUUGGAAGUGUUCAGUUCUUUGAAAUACUCAUGUUCUUCACAAGAGCGAUGUAAAAACACAGGACAUCUUAAAACAAUUUACGUUUCUAAUGUACUUGGAUUCCAAACAGAGCAAGAGAGAUAACUAAAAUAGAAAAAACUUGCCUUAAACUACACUUGGGAUUAAACCUAAAACAUCAAUUUCUUUCAAGACAUCAUCAGAGAGUUUUGAAUUCUGGGAUGCAUUUUCUUAUUUCUUCUUUGGCUUUUUAUUUUUCCUCCCCCCAAAAAAUCCAUUAUUUAGUAUGCAUUUCUAUGUCUGCUUGACAAGGGCUGGGGUUGAUGUGGUUCAACCCUGGUGCUGCAAGCAGGGUCAGCCACCAGUGGUGUUCCCACAGCUGGAGUUCAGUUGUCAGGCUCACAGAGACCACGGGCAAGUCUCUCAUACUGAGAGAUCAGUGGACUCGCUUAUUGAAAAUGGUUCUGGGUUCACGUGGAUUCCGAGUCUAAAAGGUGUGAAUUUAAACUUUUUAAAAAAGUAAUAGCUGCCAAUGCAGUCAAAUAUAUUUUGUAAGACUAUGAUCCCUAUAUGUCCCCUGUGGGAUGAAAUUUUAUUGUUUUUAAGCUAUGGUUUAAGGUUUUUAUAUGAGGGCUUCAGGCGCUUCUUGGUGGCUGGUUGCCCCCUGCAGCCCGGGCUGUGGGAGCACUGAGGUGAGUGCUGGUCUCCCAGAGACAAACCAGGAAGCGUUGUCAUUGAAUAUGCAAACCCUGCAGGAGCCUUGUGCACCCUGCAGGGCUGAGAGGAUUCCGAUGGGGAGCACCUGCUGCUCCUGCAUCCAUUGCAACUUCCACACCAUCAGGAAAUGGAAAAUAGCUGAUUCUCAUCCAGGCCGGUUACGUUCGAGUUUUGCUCACAAGGUGAAAUCCUGUUUUGGAGGGUUCUCACCUCCAACUGUAGCAUAACAAAUCCCAUAGCAUCGAUGGCAGGUAAGAGGGUUCAGGGCCAGACAGUACCUCAGCCACAUCAGAGGUACCUGGUGAACAGAGUGGGUUCCAAGUACUGGAGGAAAUGUAUCAUAAAAGAAACAAAUGUGAAUUUUUUCAGUGCAACAGUACUUACUGCUCUGGGUUUUUGUUCACGCUGUGUGUGCUAGCGCAGUAACUCCCUGUCCCACAGGUCUCAGCUACAAAUCUGGUUGCACUAAAAAAGUAGAAUCUGGUGCUGCCAGCCUGUGUGGCAACUGUACCUACAGUCUUCCUGAGGGUUGCUGAAGUCCCCAGAAGAGUGAUUUUGUUUCACAUUCAUUUAGCUGAUGCAUGCUUUUGAUAUUCUGACCUGUAACCCUGGCUACACCGAGUCCUUGGACAGCUUCCUUGCUCUGCUCCUGCAGUGCCUUCACUCGAGGUGCUGCCCCACGGUGAAACCCUCAAGAGGGAAAAGCGGAAGCUGGAGGAAAAAAAAAUGUGAAUUAAAUUAUUGUUGGGCUUCUUUGUGCAUUUUAGUAACAGUGAAACCCCCUUAACUGUGCCAGUCUCCAGUCACCAGCCGUAUAUCCAGUCAUCAUCUCAUCCACAGUACAGCUUCUCUUGUUGAUGCUGGCCACAGCUAGAUUACUUGGCAUGUUUAUUGACCUAACAGAAUUGGUUUUGGGUUUUGGUUUUGUUUUUUAAUGUAUACGAUGUUUAAAUACACUUCACAUUUUAUAUAAUACUAUCUGGCUAUUAGUAUUUUUCAGGAACCAUAGUUCUUGGUGGCUAUAUAUAUUUUUGUGACUUUUUUUGUAAACUAAGUGCCGUUUCAACGUUACAAUCAUUUUUAGAGUUAUUGUAAUCAAUGUGAAUAUCAUGUUUUUUCAAAUCUGUUCUGAGCCUGUAGUGUUUGCUUUGUGAUCAUACGUGUAAUGUAUAUAUUCUGUAUAGUUACAUUGUAUUGAAAUACUAGCUUGUUUGAUAUAAGAAAAGUAUGUAUUGGGUACCUUUUUGCUAGCCUGGUUGUUUAAUCUUUAAAAAAAAGUUCCAAAAUACAAAAAAAAAAAAAUCUUCAAACUGGUCCCAUUAUAGGUCAAAAUUAAGGGGGGAGAAAAACUAGUUUUGAGUGUCUUUGGAUAGAAACAUGAAGCUAAGAUUUUUCAUUAAAAUAUUAAUGUUUUAUGGAGUA